GCUCUCCACUCUUGGUUCCAGCUGACUUCCACCUCUUCAUGCAGGACAUGAAGGCACGGUGUGUUUCCCUCCGGAUCCUGGGCGCGACGCUCUUGCAGUGCUCGGUGCACGGCCGAGGUCUCAGGAGAUGUCUGAUUUCCACGGAUAUGCACCGCGUAGAAGAGAGUUUCCGAGAAAUCAGAAGAGCCAUCCAAGCUAAGGACAGCUUCCAAAAUGUCACCAUCCUGUCUGCAUCGGAGACCUUGCACAGCAUUAAAACAUUGCCCCUAGACGUGUGCUGUGUGACCAGGAAAAUCCUGGCAUUUUACAUGGACAGGGUGUUCAAGGACCAUCAGGAGCUGAAGCCCCAAAUCUUGAGAAGAAUCAGCAGCAUUGCCAACUCUUUCCUCUACAUGCAGAAAACUCUGCAACAAUGUGAGCAGAGGCGGUGUCACUGCAGGCAGGAAGCCGCCAACGCAACCAGAAUCAUCCAUGACCACUAUGAUCAGUCGGCUGAGACAGAGGUGGCAUAA